AUGGACAUGAAUGAAUUUGGGGAAGGAGCAGUUGUGCAGCAGUCUCUCAUCGAAGCCAAUGGAGACUGGCACAUGGAGCGUGCUAUUACGCACUUCAAACGUUCUCAUCCUACUCGAAUUAAUUUGCUGCGCGUGAUCGUUGUGGAUAAAGACCUGAACGAAAUUCGAGUAUUGGAAACGAAUUUCCCAGAAGCCAGGAUCUUGAUUUGUCACUUCCACGUGAUAAAAUACCUGAAAGAGAUGCGAUCAAAACCCGAGUUUGGGAAGAUCGCUUCUGAAGAUGCUAGUUUAAUCGACGCAGCAGUACACGAGAUGGUUUACGCAGCAAAUGAAGACAGUUACGAAGUUGCUCACAAUUCAUUGGAAGGGAUUUGUGAUCGUGUUGGAUUGAAUGGAUUUUACGCCUACUUUCAAAAGAACUGGGAUUCCUGCAAGGAUCGGUGGGUCUAUUAUCUUCGCGCUCACUUACCUCACUUCAAGAACCAUACAAAUAACAGGCUGGAGAGCUUUUUCGGGAAGCUGAAGGAUGGAGUGGACGGCUCGAUGAGUAUGGCUCAAUGCGUUAAGGCUCUUCUUGCUUACGACCGCCGUAAAGAGAGGGUUACGAGGAUUGGUCAUUUCGUGAAUUCACACUAUGACGAAGAGAUGAGUACUGUUUUGCGCUUCACGAGUCACUACGUGGCUGGUCAGAUCGAGGCUCAGUACGCAAAAGGUAUUGAGAUGGCUUCCAAAUACAGAUUCGACCACAACGAGGAGGUGUCGAAAACAUUUAUCGCUCAGACUGGAAACUCCAUCGGGAGACAAUUUGCCGACCUGAUGAUAAAAGAUGGCGAAGAAAUCUGUCAGCUAGCCCUGCAGAAGCUCGACAAAUUGCUGUUGGACGAUGCGCUCGGAGUUUACUAA